GAGCCAACGAACAGUUUUCAGCAUGCUCAGUAUGGCGCGGAGCGCGUUGUCAGUCGGGUCUUUCAUUAUAGGUGAUUUUCUUCGUUUCCGGUAGCACGUUGGCGUCGUUUCCGCCACGUGACGCCAUUUGAAAAUGAUCUCUUUGAUAAAUUUUAAUGGAGCAUUAAAAAAUUGAGUGAAGUUUUUGGAAUAUUUUCAAAAAAAGAAGGAAACUAUUUUAGUGUUUUAAUAUUUUUUAAUGGAAAAUAUAAAAGAAGUGAAAUGUAUUCUUUUGAACGUUGAAUCUUGGAUUUGGAUUAUAUAGUUUUGGAUCGACUCCGAACGUAGAGAAAGAUCUUUGCGUCUUACUUCAUCUCAAAGAGAAUCAGUAUAUUGUAACGACGAAGAGGCCUGAAGCCGGUUUUUCGAACCUGUACAAAGAUGACGUGCAAAGGCGCAUCAAAACAAGGAAAAAGAAAAAGCGUCUCUUAAACAUUUUAGAGGAAGUGGUACCCACGAAAUAAGGAAGCAUUUUUCUGAGAUGUCAUAUUAUCAUAUGUUGAACGAGUAGCCGAAAAAGCAGGAAGAAAUUCGUCAUUGAAAGUUAUAUUUGUUGUGUUGUGUAUUUUGAAAUUGUGAUUAAGUCGGAAGCAGUGAUGCAUUCUAACAACAGUGCUGUACCCAGUGAGAUGACCACAAAUCUGGAUUGCAGUAGAUAGCGUUAGUGGCGAAUGCGUGAAGGUCAAUGCAUGUUACGCCACUGGCCUGGGCCCACGUGACCAGGGGGCCCGUAAUGUCCCCGCGAGAAGGCCGAUGGGCCCGAGCAUUGCACCUGGUUGUUCUGCUGGUCAUGUGGUUGACGUUCACCGAUGCCUGGCCUCUCCAACCGGUACCACCACACAAAGGGAUUACGCGUAGGACAUACAUCAGACAUUAUGAACCUGCCUGGUACGACACGAAUACUUUGCAACGGCAUCAAGAGAGGGUGCGUCGCGACGCUCCCGACUCCAUCAGGGAUCAACCGUUAAUCUUGCGUGUUCACGUCUUCGACAGACAAUGGACAAUGAGAUUGACUCGUGAUUCAGAUCUUUUCGCGAAGGAUGCUGUAUUCGAGGGUACAAAUGGACCUAUAAAAUUUGACUCGACCCAUUCCUACAGUGGUACAAUUCAGGAUGAUGAAAAUGCUGUGGUGCAAGGACUUGUGACAGAUGACGGUCUUUUUGACGGUACAAUAGUGACAGGUUUUGAAGAGUACUAUAUCGAACCAACGAGCCGAUAUUUGUCCGGAGAUGACGACACAUCGCCCCCUUACCAUACCAUAGCAUAUCGUGCUUUCGACGUUAUGACUCCAUCACAUCCACUUCCUUGUGCCAGUCACGAUCUGCAUCAAGGCAUCUUAAGCGAGUCUUUAGAACGGGCAUUAAAUGUUACCAAUGAAGCAUCGCAGCCAUACUAUAAACAUUUAUUAGAUAAUGAAAUUCGAUUGAAUGGAGGAUUUUAUGCGAAGGAAGAAAAGUUGAAAACCGUGAAACCAGAGGAGCAUUACGAGUUAAAAUACUUGAACAGCCUGGACAGAGAAAGAUUUGUGAGGCAUUUAAACAAACGUGCAACAGUAGAUCCACGUAAAACAACGUGUAUGCUUUAUCUGCAAGCUGAUCAUCAGUUCUUCGCUCGAUAUGGCACGGAGGAAGCAUGCAUUGAAGUUAUGACUAGACACGUGCAGAGGGUCAACUCGAUUUACAAACACACAGAUUUCAAUCAAGAUGGAAGGCCCGACAAUAUCAGUUUUAUGAUAAAAAGGGUAAAAGUUCACAGUGGAGAUGCUUUGAAGGAUCCAAACUAUAGAUUUCCGGGAAACUAUGGCGUGGAGAAAUACUUGGAGUUAUUUUCCGAAGAGGAUUAUGAUGCUUUCUGUCUGGCUUAUAUGUUCACCUAUCGAGAUUUUGAAAUGGGCACUUUGGGUUUGGCUUGGACAGGUGACCUAAAAAAUGCAGGCGGUGUGUGCGAAAAAAAUGGGCAUUAUCGUGGAAGCAUGAAAUCCUUAAAUACGGGCAUAGUGACCUUGUUGAAUUAUGGGAAGCACGUCCCUCCUGCAGUUUCUCACGUGACUUUGGCCCACGAGAUUGGUCACAACUUUGGCUCACCGCACGAUCCAGAGCAAUGCACACCUGGUGGAGAGGACGGAAAUUUUAUAAUGUUUGCUCGUGCUACCAGCGGUGACAAGCGAAACAAUAAUCGUUUUAGUCCUUGUAGUCUUAAUGCCAUCAAUCCUGUUCUGAACACGAAAGCUCGAUCUCAUAAAGGAUGUUUUACCGAGCCCCAGGCAUCGUUAUGUGGAAAUGGAGUUGUCGAGGAUGGAGAGGAGUGCGAUUGUGGAUGGGAAGAAGAUUGCAAGGACUCGUGUUGCUUCCCUCAACGUCGAUAUCCACCAACCGAUGAAACACCCUGCACAUUAACUCCUGGUUCAGUCUGCAGUCCUAGUCAGGGUCCAUGCUGCACGACGAAUUGCAUGCUGAGAUUUUCUGAUAAAUGUAGAGAUGACAACGGAUGCAGAGAUGCCAGUUUUUGCGAUGGUAGAGCACCCUAUUGUCCCCCAUCCAUUAACAAGCCGAACAAAACCAUCUGCAAUCAAGAGCUCGUUUGCUUUAUGGGGGAGUGCACGGGCAGCAUUUGUCUAGCUUACGGCUUGGAAUCCUGUCAGUGCAUACCAGGGCCAAACGAUCCUGCAACGAAGGCUUGUGAAUUGUGCUGCCGUUUACCUGGAGAAAAUCAACCAUGUUUAUCUUCCUUCGACUGGAAUUCGCCUCCCUACGACAUUCCUGACAUGUUUUCGAAGCCUGGCACUCCAUGCAAUGAUUACAAUGGAUACUGUGAUGUUUUCCAAAAAUGUAGAGAGGUGGAUCCCAGUGGACCUUUAGCAACAUUAAGAAAACUUUUACUAUCGGACGAAAGUCUGGCUACUUUCAAACGAUGGAUGGCCGAACACUGGUAUGCUGUGGCCCUAAUAGUCCUGGGAGUCAUUUCUCUAUUGGUGGCGAGCACGAGAUUAUUGGGAAAACGUCCGGACCAAAAACUGAAAUCGAUUACAAUAAUCCACAGUUCAACGACGGAGACUGUACGACUUCCACCGGAAGGAACGGAGGGAGUAACUGUACAUCCGCCAGCGGUUCGUGCGAAACUACCUCUGAGCAGAAAGGUGAGGGAAAAGAGACAUCGUCGAAAGCAUAAGGAUGCCAACCCAUCCGCAAAUACCGCAAACGAAAAGUCUUCAAAGGCCAAGAAGAAGAGGGUGGCGCCCGCCACUACAGAGGAGCCAGCUCGUAAAAGAUUGGCCGAGGCAGUUACCGCGUCGGAAGUGAAGCAAAAGAAGGUCACAAAAGACAAGCAACCAAUGGAAAGUGCUGCCGUUGGAAACGGAAAUAAGAAAAAAGAGAAAAGAAAGAAAAAAGAGGUGAUCGAUUAUUCGGCAACGCAAACUGAAAAUGAAAAUAAUGGAACUGGCGCAAUUGGCGCCGGUGGUGCUGGUGGUGUCACUGACAAUGCCGAUCCAAAGAGUAAAGUUCGAUCGUGGUUGUUGGCGUCGCAAUGUCGUGUUGUUGAUCAGCCAACAUCGGCAUUAUCGAAGAGUAAAUCAACUCCAGUUGGUCUGACAACACCUACCGGUGUUGCGACGAGGCCAAGUCCCGGACGAGUGAAACAUGUGACAUUGAGAAGGCUGACAGAUCCAAAAUCACGAAGUUUAGGAUCAUUGGCGAAAAAUGAUAAUAAAACGGAUCGAGUGAGAUUGCAGGUUGUCUAUAAGCCUCCAUUUAAGUUUAGUGUAAAAUUACGUAAAGCUGAUAAGGUGGGACAAACUCCUGGUGUUCAUGGACCAACGAGAAAUGCGGGACCAAGGACCGGCGUGUUGGUUAGAACAAAACGUGAUAAAACUAGAAUUACACAGGCUAAACAAAUUCACGCUCCAAAUAAAACAAUCAAUGCUUGCAUUCCCGAACCGCCGACAUCGGAUCUUCAUACUGUGCCCUCUGAUCUUGAGGUUCUUCUCUCCGAGAGCGAAUUUCUCUUUUCUGAUGCGUGAUCCAGACAAAAGAAUUCAAAUUAACUGUUGUUAAUUUGACUUCUUCCAGGCAAUAUUUUCAGCGACAUUCACGGAGGAAAUAUAAUUUACUCGCUUGGAAGGGAUAUAAUUGUAAUCUUAUUUGCCGAAGAAGAGAAGCUAACAACCUCUCGCGUAAAGCUUUUAAGGAAAAUAAACACAAAAGAAACAAAAAAGGGGAAAAAUUAAAAAAAUUGAGAAUUAGAGUUAAUUAAAACUGAUUCCUAUAAUGGAAAUCGAUAAACGAUAGCGCAGGGGAGAAUACCCUAUAUGUAAAUAAAUUUUUUUACUGUGAUUUACUUUUCUCAUCGUUGACAGAGAAAAAGUUUUCUUAAUAUAAUAAAAUGAGAAGAAAAAAACUCUUGCACUUAAACCAGCUAGUCACGAUUCUCGCGAUGAUUUAUUUGAGGCGAUGGGUCGUGUGAAUGAAAAAAAAGUAAAAAAUUACAAAAAAAGAAAUAAAAACUGACUUACAUAAUGUGCUUAAAGCGUAAAUAGAUAGAUCGAUUUGAAAAAGCGAGAUGUACACUUUGAAAUAAUAUAAAUUUUCGGUGUGCUUGAAAAUGGGACGAAAUAUAUAUAUAUAUAUAAAUGUAAAAUAAAUGUCAAUAGAUUUUAAUUGCAAACAAAAAUUACAAUUAAUUAAAGGUGAAGAAUGCGAUUUUAUUGAAAUUUAUUCAUAUUCCAUGAUGGAGUUGUUAACCCUAGAAGUGGUAUGUGAAUUUACUCUUUCUAGUGUUAAAAUAUAUACAAAUAAAGGUAGAUCUUUCAAUGACAAUAGUUGCCAAAAAUUUUCAAUCAAAAAAUGAAGUACCUACAAACAAAAUUGUACUUUAUUCUUGUAAAUUUUAUUUUCUUCCAAAUUGAUUGCAUAGAAUUAAUUUUUUCAUUGAUCGAAAUUUCUUUCUUGAAUUAUUGAAUAAAAUUGAAACAAUAAAUAAAAUAAACUAAAUUAGGUAAAUAAAAGAGAAAAGAAAAGAAUUAGAAAAAAAUUGAAGAAACAAAUAGAAAUUAAUUAUUUUUUCGGUUCAUUUUCUAAUUUUCAAACUAAAUUUUUGGCGACGAGUGUCGUUAUUAAACCACCAACCACCUAGUCAUGUGAAAAUAACUAUGGGAAACAAAUAUUUUACUUGAGGGAAUAAAAUAUAUUUCGAGAACGUGUGCGAAUGUAGUAGUAAUAAUUAGUCAAUAUUAUUAGAGUCGAUGAACUUUGGACCAAAUGUAAAUGUUGCACGAUUAAUAAUUCUGUUAUUUGCCUAUUAUAACGAUUAGUAGGCAUUGUUAAAAUUAUAAUAAUUUCAUCUGUCCCUGAUAAUGUAUUAGAGCUAACCGAACAUUGCCAUAAUAUAUGCGUCAGCUACUUCAUCAAUUGUGAUAUGUGCCAAUAUGAAAACUACUUCCACACUGCCCCUUCAAAAGAAAAAUUCAUUUUCCAAAAGCAAAAAUAAAAGUAAUCAUUAAAAAUUAAAAAUAAAAGCAAAAAUUAAGAAGAAAAACUAAAAGUAGAAAAGCAAAAAAUAAAAAUUGAAAAUAUUAAAAAGGAAACAAAAAGAAUAAUAACAUUCCUAGUACAUUUUUGUCAAAGACAAUUUAUAAUCCAAUUUCGUAUUUUUACAACACGGAAAUAUUUAUCGACUUUAAAAAAAAAAAAAAACUAAAAGUGUUGACCAUCAUUCAAAACAAUCUCUCCGUCCAAUUUUUAAUUAAAUUACUAUAUUGGACUUAAUUUAUUCCUUCGAAUAUUAUUCAGUAUUGUUUCAUGAUGCUAAUUAGAAAUGCUUAUAAUUCUACGAUAAUUUUAACGUGCAAUUAGAAAAUCGUAAGACUAUUGUAAUAAUGUAAAAACAAAAUAAUAAUGACGGAAUGAAAACUAUCAUCGAGUUCAUUAAUAAUCAUACUUUUGUGAUCUUGUAAAUAGUUGCGUGAGUUUCGUUAAUUGAAACUUACAUUCCACUUAUAAUUGAAGAGUAUUUCACACGUUUGCAAAGAAUAGUUGCAAAUAAAAAUUAAAUACAAUUAAAGACAAUUUAAAACACAUUAUUUAAAAUUUUAAACAUCAAAAAUUAAUAAUUGAAAAUUUGAUAUUUUAUUCAAGUUAAUUAGAUUUUU